AACAGUAUUUAAAACUACUUGUUACAGCUAGUUGUACAUUUUACUUAAUUUAUGGGUUUUUCGUCUAUUUGUAAGCCUCUAAAAUGAGUGUCUAUGAGAAGAGAGAUGAGAGGGAUCCUGUUCAAAGACCAGGGUCCUCAGUUACCAGCUGUUUGUACAUGAAGAGCGAUGCUUCCAUGGCAGCUCCUGUUAAAUUUAGUGGGAAAUCAGAGCCCGGCAAUCCAAGUGUGCUUAGAGAUGACCUGAUUGAGGUUCAGUCCAAAUGUGGAGUCUGUAAGCAGGUUCUGAGUGAUCCAGUCUGUACACACAGUUUCUGCAGACAAUGCAUCAACUUAUACUGGAACCAGUCAAGUCCAUCAGGAGACAUUGACUGUCCUCAGUGCAGAAAGUUAACACAUCCUGAACUAAGCCCAAACGAAAUCACAGAAAGAUUCAGUUCACUUGUGACCGAAGACCUGCAGCACGAUUCUCAACAACCUGUGAACGAUGUCUUUCAAAGAGUCAAAGAAACUCACAAAACCAGCUUAAAGAACAAGUAUGAAAGCUUAUUUGAGGGAAUUUAUGCACAAAAGAAUAAAACCCAACUGAAAAGCGUAUACACGCAGCUUUACAUCUUAGAAGUGUUAUUGAAGAACAUGAGGUUUUACAGAUGGAGAAAACACCCAGAUCACAAUGCUUACAAGCCACUCCAAUACACUGCAAUGACAUCUUUGAUCCUAAACCAGGAUGUGAGAAGCACCGACAGCAAGGGACAGAAAAAAAUAAAGUCUGUUCUUACUAAAGGAAUCGCUGGAAUUGGAAAAACAGUCUCUGUAAAGAAGUUUAUUCUGGAUUGGACUGAUGGAAAAGCCAAUCGAGAUGUAGAUUUCAUGUUUGUGCUUCCAUUUCGAGAGUUAAACUUGAUUAAAGAUGACCAGUACAGUCUUCACAAACUUCUGCUUGACUUUCAUCCUCAACUUCAACAUCUUGACUCAAAGAUUUAUGACCAAUGUAAAGUUGUGUUAAUCUUUGAUGGCCUGGAUGAAAGCAGAAAUACUUUGAAGUUUUCUGACAAUGAGAAUGUUUCUGAUGUGACCGAGACUACUUCAGUGGAUGUAUUGAUGACAAACCUCAUCAAGGGAGAACUGCUCUCUUCAGUUCUCAUUUGGAUCACCUGCAGACCAGCAGCGGCCAAUCAGAUAAGCUAUAAAUUCAUCAACCGUGUGACAGAAAUCCAAGGAUUCAAUGACUGCCAGAAGGAGGAAUAUUUAAGUAAGAAAAUCAAGGAUCAACAUCAAGCCAGCAGAAUUAUCUCGCAUAUUAGAAGAACAAGAAGCCUCAACAUCAUGUGCCACUUUCCAGUCUUCUGCUGGAUCUCAGCUACCGUACUUCAAAACAUCCUGGAACAAGAUCACAACAGAAAUUCCUAAAACUCUGACUGAAAUGUACAUUUAUUUCUUGCUUGUUCAUCAGCAUCUCAGGAAUCAGAAGUAUGAUGAGAGCGAUCCACCAAAUCUCCUGCAGGCAAACGGAGAUGUACUUCUGAAAACUGCUGAGAUAGCUUUCAAACAGAUGAUGAAUGGCAAUAUCAUGUUCUAUGAGGAGGACCUGAGAGAGAGCUGCAUAGAUGUCAUGGAGGCCUCUGUGUAUUCUGGGAUUUGCACUGAGAUCUUCAAGGAAGAGUCUGUGAUUUAUCAGAGGAAGGUCUACAGCUUCAUACAUCUGAGCUUUCAGGAGUUUCUGGCUGCUUUUUAUGUGUUUCACUAUGUAAGCACAACUAUGGGUGCACUGAAGUGUUUUGCUUCAUUACAUACUUUGCUUAAAGUGGUAGUAGAUGAAGCCCUACAAAGUGAAAAUGGACGCCUAGAUCUCUUCCUUUGAUUCUUGCUGGGCAUCUCACUGGAGUCCAAUCAGAGGCUCUUACAGGGUCUUCUAACAGACAUAAAGAGCACCUCAGAGACUGUCAUGAAAACUACUGCUUGCAUCAAAGAAACUCAAAGAUGGGCAUGGUUUAUCAGCAGAAAGAUCCAUUAAUCUGUUCCUCUGUCUGCUUGAAAUGAAUGAUCAGACUCUUUACAGAAAGAUGCAGGAGUUUCUGAAAUCAGAGAAACACUCAGGGAAUAUAGUCUCUCCUGCACAGUGUUCAGCAAUAGCCUAUAUACUGCAGAUAACAGAGGAGGUUGUGGAUAAGCUGGACCUUAAGAAAUACAACACGUCAGAGGAGGGAAAAAGGAGACUGUUACCGGCUGUGAUGAACUGCAGAAAAGCUCUAUUUCAUGAGAUUCCCCCAUCAAGUAGAUGGGUUUUCUCAGUGUCAUCUGGACUCAAGUGCAGUACUGACUACAUUAUUAAAUCAUUCAGUUUCAAGGGACUUUAUGGCUGUAAUCUCACUGAUCAGUGUUGUGAAUGUGUGGCCUCAGUUUUAUAACUAUCAGACUCCCCUCUGCGAAAGCUGGACCGGCAGGAUUCAGGAGUAAAGCUGCUCUCUGAUGUACUGAACAGUCCUCACUGUCAACUACAGAUAAUGAGAUUAUCUGGCUGUAUGGUGACACAGGAAGGCUGUUCUUAUCUGGCUUCAGCUCCGAGUUCAAACCCCUCACACCUGAGAGGACUGGAUCUGAGCUACAACCACCCUGGAUCUACAGGAGUGACACUGCUCUCUGCUAGACUGCAGGAUCCAAACUGCAAACUAGAGAAACUCAAUUUGGACCACGGAGAACCCUUCCUGAUCACUCCAGGAUUACGAAAAUAUGCCUGUGAUCUUACAAUGGAUCCAAACACCGCAAACCCACGUCUUAGUCUCUCUGAAGGGAACAGAUGGAACAUGUUAAAGAGAUACAGCCAUACCCUGAUCAUCCAGAGAGAUUUAAUUGGCAAGAACAGGUUCUGUGUAAAGAGUCUGUCUGGGUGCUGUUACUGGGAGUUUGAAUGGAGAGGCUGGAGUAACAUAACAGUGACAUAUAAAAGCAUCAACAGGAAAGAGGGGACUAACUGUAGGUUUGGGAUGAACAAGUGUUCCUGGAGUCUUUUAUGCAUUGCCUGGUACAGUUCUAAAAAAAUAGACAUACCUUUCUGUACACCCCCCUCGAACAGAUUGGGAGUUUAUUUAGACUGGGCGGGUGGCACUCUGUCCUUCUACAACGUUUCUCACGCAGACACACUCACGCACAUAUUGCAUUCCACGCCACAUUCACUGAGCCCCUCUAUGCUGGAUUUUGGGUAUAUGAUGCCUCUGUGUCUCUAUGCCUGAAGGAACAACUUUCAGUGAUGAACAGAAGGGACAUCUCACACUGAAAAAAGUAUUUAACUCACUAGGAAACAAACACAACAACUGCAAUGCAGUGCUCAAAAAUGCAGUGCUUUUUGGCCCUUAAAGAUGCAUUGUAUAAUUUCUGCGCACUGAGUGGCAUCAAACGAAAAUUGCAAAAAUAAUUGUUUACGAACAGGUUUUCCAAAAACUCCAACCCCUUCAGCUAACCAUUUUUGGGGCAGGUAGCCCUGCCCUAAACUCAUACUAUUGUUUGAGACAGAUAUUGACACGUCAUACCGCUUAAAGCACUGAGAAAUGGUGCUUACGCUUUUCAGUAAGUAAACCUAUGAAUGACUUCUAGCACUUUGCAAGGCUGUAACUACAUAUUUGGGAUUGAGGGUAAUAGUUUGAGAAUCAGCUAUUGAAAAGCCGAUACUUGUUCACCAGUAAUAUGAAUAUUGGGGUGGACCUUAAGGUUGUUCCUGUAUUUUUACUUUUUUAAUGGCUGUGUAUGUUAUUGGUAUUUCUGUAUUUUAAUUGUAUUUUAUUUAACACCGUUUUGUUUGACCACAGCUAAGCUGCAACACUUUGUCAAAACUAAUGUACCAUUAUUUUUCAUUAA